GUGUAUAUAGACAAAAGUUUGGCAAAAAAGUUUGAAGAAUCACAACUUUCUCUCUCUUUGCUCUCUCAAUCUUUCAGAGAGAGAAAGUUCUCGUGUGAUCUUAUAUUCCGGCGAUGGCUUCCUUAGUCAUGGUGAUCGGAUUUUGGCUCCGGCAUGUGUUGGCUUUCUAUGCAAUGAUGUCCGACUUUUGACUCCGGCAUAGUUGGCUUUCUAUGCAGCAAUGUCCGGCUUUUGACUCCGGCAUAGUUGGCUUUCUAUGCAACGAUGUCCGGCUUAUGGUUUUCCGAUGGUGGCUAGCUUUCUCUAGCAGUGGUUUCGCUCUUCUCGAGGCGGUUCUUGCUAGCUUUGUUCCUGGAAUUUUUCCAGCUUUAGUUUUACUUUUUGAUCUCGUUCGAUUCUAAUCUGCUUCGGGUUUGCUUGACUUUGAUUUCUCUUUUUCAUUCCUUUGAUCUAGAUUUGUAAUUCUUCAAUCCUCCUUUCUUCUAAAGGGUUUUAAUUUGAUCUUUGAGCUUUUUGGUUUUUUCAUUUUAAAGAUCAACUUUUUAGAUGCGGAUUGAAGUUUAAUUUGGUGUCUUUGGUCUGAUUUUGAUGAAAUUAGAGCAAUUGUUUGUCUUUCUCACUGCCGAUGCUUGUUGAAUCGUUUGGGUUGGUUUGUUAUGGCGAAGGAUUCUGGGACGCUCUAUUUCGAAUUUAGAAAGUCUCUAAGAGUUGUGCUUUGCCGAAGGAGUAUGGAGCUUCGACUUCAACUUCUAGUCAGAAGAAAUCUCAAGAUCUAGGGAAUCAAUUAAGACUUAGAAGUUCAAAAAAGUGCAAGAAGAUCUGAUAUUAAUAAAAAAUCUGAUUUUAUGGUAUCAUUGAGAAGAUUCAAUCAAAAAAGAACUGAAUCGUGCAUCCUCAGUAGGAAUCAGAGGAGAUUCAGGUUCUGAUUUGAGAAUCAUUAAGUUCUUCAUAUGUUUAUCAUAACAUUCUGUCUGGAUCUCUCCUUUUCCAGCGUAAACAAGAUGGUGAUGACGAGUUGCACAUGUGUCGAUAAAGUUCGUGAGGCAAGCCUCCACGUUAGAGAGAUGUGUCCUAGAGCGUUUUAGUUUUCUUAGUCUAAGGGUUUGUUGGGCUUGUAGACUUGUUUCUUUUGGCUUGUAAUGUUGGCCUGUUUAUUAGGUUUUAAUCAAUAAAAGACACUCUUGUGAAACAAAAAAAAGACAAAAGUUUGGAAAAACUUCCUUCAUUUCCAAUUUUCCAAUUUUUUUUUUCUGGGCAAUUUACUAUCUACAGUAUUUUGUAAAUAAACUUUUUAUAUUAAUAAAAAAGGAAAUAUCUAAUAAUGAUGUCACAGAAAAGCCACCAUUAAUGGAACUAAGUUUUCUUCCCCACACUUUUCCACUCUGUCUACCAAAUUAGUCAUAUAAAUUCUUCGUCCCUACAAAUCACUCUCGAAGCUUGUCUUCCGUACUUGUUCCUCUUCUAAACUCUUGCCUCAUUGGGCCCAAAUCCUCUGUCUCUCCCCAUCAGAUCGCUCUUACCCUGUUCUCUCUUGAGGUUAAAGGUAAGACAGUAACAAAAACUAGAUAUGGAACAGUAUGAGAUUCUUGAGCAAAUAGGAAAAGGAUCUUUCGGGUCAGCUCUUCUAGUGAGACAUAAGCAUGAGAAGAAAAAAUAUGUAUUGAAAAAGAUCCGUCUUGCCCGGCAAACUCAAAGGACCAGACGAUCUGCACAUCAAGAGAUGGAGCUCAUCUCCAAAAUGCGUCAUCCAUUUGUUGUGGAAUACAAAGAUUCUUGGGUGGAAAAGGCUUGCUAUGUGUGCAUCGUCAUAGGUUAUUGUGAAGGAGGGGACAUGGCAGAAGCCAUCAAGAAAGCCAAUGGCGUGCAUUUUCAGGAAGAGACACUGUGCAAGUGGCUUGUUCAGCUUCUGAUGGCCCUUGAGUACUUACACACGAACCAUAUUCUUCAUCGUGAUGUCAAGUGUUUUAACAUAUUCUUGACCAAGGAGAAAGAUAUACGCCUUGGUGAUUUUGGGUUAGCCAAGAUUCUAACAUCCGAUAAUCUCACUUCCUCCGUUGUCGGGACUCCCAGCUAUAUGUGCCCUGAGCUUCUAGCUGAUAUACCUUAUGGUUCUAAAUCUGACAUUUGGUCUUUAGGAUGCUGUAUAUAUGAGAUGGCUUAUCUUAAGCCGGCAUUUAAAGCAUUUGAUAUGCAAGCACUGAUUAAUAAGAUAAACAAGACAAUUGUAUCUCCGCUCCCCGCAAAAUAUUCUGGUUCAUUCCGAGGUCUUGUCAAAAGCAUGCUGCGAAAAAACCCAGAAGUUAGGCCAUCUGCCUCAGAUUUACUUAGACAUCCACAUCUUCAACCUUACGUUCUAGAUGUCAAGCUCAGGCUCAAUAACCUGAGACGCAAAACAUUACCGCCUCAGUUGCCAAAUUCUAAGGGGAUUAUGAAGAAAGCUCAUUUUUCUGAACCCGCUGUCACUUGUCCGGCCUUUGGGGAGAGACGACAUAGUUCUCUCUUGAAUGAUAGAGCUUUGAAUCCGGAAGCUGAAGAAGACACUGUAUCUUCUAUCAAAUGUAUAAGUCGCAGGGUUUCAGAUUUAUCAAUUGAGAGCAGCAGUAAAGGAACAGUGAUAUAUAAGCAAGUUUCUUCAAGUGCAUAUAAUGUCUCGAAGUAUCCUCUUGCAAAAACUUCAGCGGCAUCCAGAAGAACCAUGGAAACAGGAAGGAGAUUCGAACACUUGCAUCCAGUUUCAGGCGGUACUACCAGCAAGUUAGUUUCUUUGUCUCGCCGGACUUCUCUACCAUUCACGAAAAGGGCUACAACCCAAGAAGCUGCAGCAUACAAUCCAACAGUUGGGAUCUUGCAGAAAGUGAAGUCUCCAGAAUAUUCCAUUAAUGAGCCACAAGUUGAUAAGAUUGGUAUUUUUCCGUUAGCUCCAUAUGAACAGGACAUCUUCUGGAAAACAUCGUCCAAAAGCUCAUCUGUCUCAGACCGCUCUAUAACAAAAGACAAAUGCACAGUUGAAACGUGUAAAUCAGGAUCUGAUAAUAUCACAAGGUGGCAGGGUAUCCAACACAACAUGUUAGAAUACAUAAGCGACGGGUCAUCAUCAUCUGAUCAGAAUGCAACUGCGGGUGCAUCAAGCCAGACCACAUCAUCUAACACAAGAAGAUGUCGAUUUGACCCAUCGUCGUAUCGUCAACGAGCUGAUGCUUUGGAGGGGUUGCUCGAGUUUAGUGCCAGAUUGUUACAAGAAGGGAGAUAUGAUGAACUCAACGUGUUGCUUAAGCCUUUUGGCCCAGGUAAGGUGUCUCCCAGAGAAACCGCUAUAUGGAUCGCAAAGAGCUUGAAGGAGAAUCAAGACAAGGCAAAAACGGCAGAUCUAAAAUGUAAUAGAGAGAUACCACCUGUGGGUCUCCCCUGACAGGCUUCACUUUGUCUUAAUGUUCGGUUUAGCUAGUUAUGCUUAUGUAGAGUUUGUUUAGGUAUGAUGGCUGACACUUCUAAAAGAUGAGUAACAGAAGUAGUAGGUUGCAUUUCUGAACUC